CAUCCAGGAAGCUGGACCGCUCACAGACCAGCAGGGACCGGGGAGUCCGGUCCAGAUCAGCAGACUGCAUCUCUGUCCUCUGAGCAGCGUCCGGAUCCUGGUCCUGGUGACCCGCUACAACCUGCUUCCUUUCGCUAAAAGUCCCUCGCCUCCCACCGUAGUCACGUGUUCUGACCAGGAAGUGGAGGGAGCACGCUGUGUGAACACUGAGCUGCUGUGACUCGGCUUGGCUCGCUUUGGACCGGGUUCAGGUUCAGUUCUGGUUUCGGUGUUGGUGUGUGACCGUGUGUGACGUCAUGUCGGUGGUCGGCUCCGUACCUGGACAGUUUGAUGACGCAGAGGAGGAGAACAGCGGCCAAUCAGAGAUGUCGGCUGCACAGAGUCUGAGUGAUGUCACUCUGCAGCCUUCAUCAGAGCGGGAGGAGGAGGAGGAGGAAGAGGAAGACGACGACGACGAUGAGGAGGAUGAUGAUGAAGAGUGGGCGUGGCGUUCAGCAGGAGAUCUGACUAAAAGAUACAACCGGACGGGUCUGAACUGUCAGUCCAACAGACAGAAUCCGUCCAAUAAGAUGCUGCCGGCAACUCCGUCUGAUAAAGCUCUGAGGAAAUACGAACACAAGAUCAACCUGGAUAAACUGAAUUACGCCGACUCAGUGAUCAAUAAAGUGACCUCGAUGCAGAAGCAGAAAGAAGCCGACACGUACAGAGUUAAGGACAAAUCGGACCGAGCCACAGUCGAACAGGUUUUAGAUCCUCGAACUCGAAUGAUUCUCUUCAAGAUGUUGAGUCGAGGAGUCAUCUGUGAAAUCAACGGCUGCAUCAGUACAGGGAAGGAGGCCAACGUUUAUCACGCCAGCACGUCGGCCGGAGACAGCAGAGCCAUCAAGAUCUACAAGACCUCCAUCCUGCUGUUUAAAGACCGGGACAAAUACGUCAGUGGGGAGUUCAGGUUCCGUCACGGUUACUGUAAAGGAAACCCAAGAAAAAUGGUGAGAACGUGGGCAGAAAAGGAGAUGAGGAACCUCAUCAGGCUGCAGACGGCAGGAAUCCCGAGUCCAGAACCUCUACUGCUCAGAAGUCAUGUUCUGUUGAUGAGCUUCAUUGGAAAAGACAACAUGCCGGCUCCUCUGCUGAAGAACGCGUCGUUUUCGGAGUCGAAGGCUCGUGAGCUCUACCUGCAGGUUCUACAGAACAUGAGGAAGAUGUUCCAGGAGGCUCGGCUCGUCCACGCCGACCUUAGCGAGUUCAACAUGUUGUAUCACAACGGAGACGCUUACAUCAUCGACGUGUCCCAGUCUGUAGAGCACGAUCAUCCUCACGCUCUCGAGUUCCUCAGGAAGGACUGCAGCAACGUUAACGAGUUCUUUGUGAAGCGCGGGGUGGCGGUGAUGACGGUCAGGGAGCUGUUUGACUUCAUCACCGACCCGUCGAUCACCUGCCACAACAUCGACCAGUACCUGGAGAAGGCGAUGGUGAUUUCAGCUGAGCGGACGUCGGAGCAGCGAUCCGAUCAGGACGGAGUGGAUGAAGAGGUGUUUAAGAAGGCCUACAUCCCUCGCACCCUGACGGAGGUGAGUCACUACGAGCGAGACGUCAGCCUGAUGAAGGCCAAGGAGGAGGAGUCCGCCAUCAGUGGACACAACGACAAUGUUCUGUAUCAGACGCUGACUGGAAUGAAGAAGGAUCUGUCCGGAGUUCAAACGGUUCCUGCUCUGCUGGAGGAGGAUCAGUCUUCAUCCUCAGAGGAGGAAGAGGAGGAGGACGAUGAUGAAGAGGUGCAGGAGCAGAGUGAGGAAGCCUCAGUGGAUAAAAAGGAGAAGAAGAAGAUGGUGAAAGAAGCUCAGAGAGAAAAGAGAAAAAACAAAACGCCCAAACACGUGAAGAAGAGGAAGGAGAAGGUGUCCAAGAUGAAGAAAGGCAGAUGAUGACUUCCUGUUUGUCGGAGCGCAGCAACCUGCCUUUGUUUUAGAAGCAGCCAAUCACAAAGGUUCACCCGAUGACAGAAAUCUAUUCAGACCACCUGUGAGCUUUUUCCAGAACGUGAAGACGACCGGCCGACACCUGAUGACAUCACAACUUUCAGUGUACGACAUGAGGUAACGGUGUCACCUGUGCUGCAGGUGUGCAUCUGUACAACAACAAAGGAACCUUCUAGUGAGGUUGCCGGAAACAUUCGGAGAACCCCCAAUAAAACAUUUCAUCAAGUUUUA